CUGUUUCUCUCUCUCAUAUGCAACGUUUGAGGAGGCGAGGAAAGUGGGUGGAAACUGAGUUGUUGAUCUCUAAGAAUAUGGACGUGAACCUGUUUGAGAGCACCAUCCGGAUUGUGGGAGUCAUGCUGAGCACCUACCACCUGACUGGGGAUGAGAUGGUCCUGGAGAAGGCUAAAGAUAUUGGGUUGAGGUUGAUCCCUGCCUUCAAAACCCCCUCCAAGAUCCCCUUCUCUGAUGUGAACAUUGGGAAGUGCACGGCCCACACACCUCGCUGGAUGUCCGGCAGCACCCUGGCCGAGGUCACCAGUGUCCAGCUGGAGUUCAGAGAGUUCAGGCGUCUUACCGACGACCCUCAGUACCAGGAGGUGGUGAAUGAGGUGAUGAGGAUGAUCCAUAAGCUGCCAGGGAAACAUGACAGCCUGGUGACAAUGUUCAUCAACGCCAAGUGUCUUGUUCAGCCACAAAGCAGAGUUCACCCUGGGGGCCUGGGCAGACAGCUACUACGAGUACCUUCUCAAACAGUGGAUACAGAGAGGGAAGACUGAACCAGAGUUGGCACCUUUCUAUUCUGUUUUCAAAUUCCUGGAUAUCCUGGUUAGAGGAUUCCAGAUUUCUUGCUUAUUCCCUUGAUUUCUUAAACCUGGGAGUUAAAGAAAUGUUGCAUUCUACUGUAUAUUUGGUUCAAUCAGAUCACAUGAUCACAUUCGAGUUGAGGAGACUUGUCUUGCAGCAUUACAGAUAAACUAAUAGAGAUGAAUGGGUGUGUUAUGCUCAGUCUGUUGGAGGACUACCUAGAGACAGCGGAGGGGUAAAGAAGCACCUCCCGAGAACCACGGGCCCCAGCAAGCUGACCUUCAUAGGGGAGCUCAACCACAACCGCUUCAACACUAAAAUGCCUGCAGACAGACACAACUUCCUGAGACCAGAAACAGUGGGGAGUCUAUUCUACCUGUACAGAUUCACUCAGGAAACUAAAUACAGAGACUGGGGCUGGGACAUUCUAGAGAGCUUCAACAGAUACACCAGGGACACCACCAGGCUGUGUAAGGGCUAUUUGACCAAGGAGGAGAGUGAUGGAGUGCUGCAUCAGGCCUCCACAAUCACCCGACCUCAACCGAAUUGAGAUGGUUUGGGAUGAGUUGGACCACAGAGUGAAGGACAAACAGCCGACAAGUGCUUAGUAUAUGUGGGAACUCCUUCAAGACAGCUGGAAAAGCAUUCCAGGUGAAGCUGGUUGAGAGAAUGCCAAGAGUGUGUAAAGCUGUCAUCAAGGCAAAGGGUGGCUAGUUUUAAGAAUAACUUUGUUGGUUACUACAUGAUUCCAUAUGUGUUAUUUCAUAGUUUUGAUGUCUUCUCUAUUAUUCUACAAUGUAAAAAAUAGUAACCUGGAGCUGCUCAGCCUGGACAAGUAUGUGUUCAACACCGAGGCCCACCCACUACCCAUCUGGCAAUCUCCUCCGGUCUGAGACAUGAAGAGAUGUCAUAGAGGAGUAACUUACCACCAAGAUCCUGGUUUGAACCUCCUUUCUAGGGUUUAGAAGCCAAACGGCUGCCUUCUUCUCAAGGGUUCCUGCUUGACUCACUGUGGUGUGCCGGUGCACAGUCAAAGACUCAAUAGGCUUUCAAGUGGAGAAGUUUGGGUUUAUCCUGGGAUCGGGGCGAUGCCAUAGAGCUGGUCUCUGUUGUACUAAGGAUUUGUAAUUUGAGAAGAUGGGUGGCUUGCUUUUCAGUUCAAAAGAAACAAGACGACAGGUCUACGAAAUUAACUUAAAAUAUACUACAUGUAGGUUUAUUGCAGAGGUGGGAUGAGGAGAGAAAUUAGACUAAGCCUCCCCAGGUACCUGUUUGAUUAUUUUCUAACACAGACAGUAAUAUCAUCCUCUCCCUUCCCGUCCCUGACGGGCUGACAAAGAAUAUUAAAUAUGGUGGAAAUACCUCAAGUUGGUCAUGGUUUUGUACAGAUUGUUCCUGUACAUUUAUGUUCAAGCAUGAGUCACCUUGAAGAAGUGAAUACUGAAUACAUCGGUUGGCAUGUUGAGAGCCUAUAAUGGUAGAGGAAACGCUCCUAUCUCAAGGCUCUUUCACUAGUCCCUCUCAUUGAUAGGCAUUACUGUCACGUGACCUUAGUUCCUUUAUUUUUGUCUGUGUUUUAGUAUGGUCAGGGCGUGAGUUGGGGUGGGCAGUCUGUUUGUUUUUCUAUGUUGGUUUUUGUGUUCGGCCUAGUAUGGUUCUCAAUCAGAGUCAGCUGUCAAUUGUUGUCCCUGAUUGAGAAUCAUACUUAGGUAGCCUGGGUUUCACUUUUGGUUUGUGGGUGUUUGUUUUCCGUGUGAGUGUUUGGUCCACACGGUACUGUUUCAGUUUUCGUUCGUUCACUUUAUUGUUUUGUAUUUCAGUGUUCAUUUCAUUAAAUAUUACAU